GGUCUUGUUUCGCAUGACGAAAUAAUUAUGAAAGUUCAAAUAAUUGGUGUGUUCGAGCAGUUUGUCGGAUCUCUGUAGCUUGUGGCGGCAUGGAAGCUGUUGCGGCUGAGGGAAGAGAUGACGAGCUCCUCUCGGGAACCCAGAGGCGGGCGCCUAGUGGACUAAAAGACAUUCUAAAACGACAACGUCAGGAUUCUGAGAAUGAAAGUCCUGACUUGAACUUCGUUUAUGCUGACGCGGAUACCGUGGAGGUUGAAAUAUCAGAACUGUACAGCUACACGGAGAGUGAGGAUUUCGCGCUGAACCAGACGGUUGGCGAUGAGGACAUCUCCAAACAUGUCGGAGGUCGGUGGCGGGAGGCCAGUGUACGAAACAGGAAGCGCUUCAUCCAGGUGCUGCUAAACCAGCUGGAGUUAGCAUGUGUGGACAAGCGGACGCGCGCCGUGCGGUCCAUGCUCUAUCUAAUUCAAGGUGUGUUUGGGGAGUGUACUGAUGAAGCCGAGCAGCAUGUCAUGGCUCAGAGAAAUGCUUACCUGCUGGCAUCGCAAGGUGGACUGGAGCAGCUAGUGGAGUUGCUUGUCAUGGAGCUUGGCAUCGCACAAAACUCCGAGGGUCUGGCAGCGAAGAAACCAGCGGUUACGCUAUCGGACAAUGUUCACACUCGGCUGUGCUGCAGUAUCCUGUACUCGCUGAUCGAGUACAUGCGUGUGCCACUGGUUGAUCCCACCCAGGAGGAGACGGCAGUGCGAGAACAGUUCAUUACUGAACUAGGUCAGCCAUGUGGAAAUAACCCCUGCCUGGCAGUAAUCUGCUUUGAUGCGUUAGUGCAGUUCUGCAGUGCGCUAAUGCCGCCGUUUCCUAUCCGCAAGCUGGUGCUGCUGCUGUGGAAGACUGUGCUGGUUUCCUUAGGUGGCUUGCAGGUGCAAGCAAGCCGCAUGCAAGAGGCACGCAAGAAAGCCGGCCUUCCCGCCGUGGAGUACUCCGUGGAAACUGUACCGGCCGUUCCAGCGGAGACGAUGCCGAUCGGGCACGACGCCUCGUCCAUCCGCAACCACCCGGCCGGUCUGAAAGCACGGAAGAGGGAUGUGGAUGCCUUCAUCAACCAGGCACGGGCUAAAUAUGUUGGCUUUGUUAUGGACAACGCCGAUAGUGCAACUUUGGCCGGCUUGCCACAGCCAAUCAGAGAUUCGAUCUCGGUGAUGUCAGAUCAUAUCUACCAGUCACUCGGUGAAUACCAGACGGAAGAAGAGGAGAAGCGGACAGAGAAUCGCCUGACUCAACCCAUUGUGGAGUUGGACAGCAUCCACCAACCUACUGAGGAUCUCUAUGCUGCUAUGCUACCGCACCUUCCACAGUACAUGAUCGCCUUGCUGAAGAUUUUACUGGCGGCGGCAACGACGGUGAAGGCCAAGAACGACUCCAUCAAUAUCUUAGUGGAUGUUCUGCCAGAGGAGAUGCCGACGACGGUUGUCCAGUCUAUGAAACUCGGUAUUGAUGUUAACCGACACAAGGAGGUGAUCAUCAAAGCCACGUCUGCGCUGCUGCUCUUGCUGCUGAAACACACGAAGGUCAAUCACGUAUUCCAGUUUGAGUUCAUCUGCCAGCACCUGGUCUUUGCCAAUUGCAUCCCGCUCAUUUUGAAAUUCUUGAACCAAAAUAUCUCAGCAUUCGUCUCGGUCAGGAACAGCAUCAACGAUCUGGACUUUCCUCAGUUUCUAUUCAGCGGGGCUGGUGCAGAGCUGACUGCUGAAAGUCUGGAGGCUGGCAGUGACAAGCCGUUCUGUUGGAGAAACCUCUUCUCCUGCAUCAAUCUGCUGCGCAUCCUGCAGAAGCUGGUCAAGUGGAAACACUCACGCACCAUGAUGCUGGUCGUGUUCAAGUCCUCACCCAUACUGAAGCGUGCAAUGAAAGUCAAGCACCCGCUCAUGCAGCUCUAUAUUCUCAAGCUGCUGAAGUUGCAAGCUCGCUACCUGGGCAAGAUCUGGCGCAAGAGCAACAUGAAAGUGUUAGCGUCCAUCUAUCAUCGUGUGCGACACCGUCUCAACGAUGACUGGGCGUUUGGUAACGACCUUGAAGCACGUCCGUGGGACUUCCAAGCUGUGGAGGUCGCGAUGCGCCAUCGCGUUGAGCUGUUCAACGGCCGCCGCUACAACGAAGGCCCCAGCGAGGAGGACCCACCGGCGAAUGACGUCAUGGCGGACCUGCUGCAGAAAGUCGACAACAACCCGAUCAGCUGCAUGGGCCAGGACGUGUCGCUGCCGCAGCACUUCCGCGAGAACUACGAAGCGUGGCUACGCGAGGAAGUGUACCAUGGCACUAGCUGCCUGCCCAAUCUUGAUGAAAGUGGCCUGUUGGUCACGAGAAGUCACAAUCGAGACUCUGAUGAAACUAGUCCGUGGAGCUGGGUUAAGAGUACGUAGCCUUGUCCAAGCAGCCGCCCUGACGGCUGCCAUCCAGCGAAUGCCGUCACGCAUCACGAGCAGUCAUUCGUGUUGAAUUUGUGUGUGUAUAAGCGACUAGUGGCUACCUUGAUCGCCGCACUUUACCCGGCUGUGAACCUAUCUACAUGCAUGAGUGUGCAUGUGUGUGCAUGUGUGUCUUCUGCUGUACGACUACCACACCCUCAGUAUCCGGCGUCUCUUCCUCACUCUAUCGGAGGUGUUCAGCGCCUCACUCCCCCUCCUCCGAUCAUCCGGAGUAAAACCUGCUUGAAGCCAUAUCGCAAAAGCAAGCGGCCACGGCCAGCAUGCAGUGCUGACAACACACACACGCAUGCUCACACUCCAUCAUGCCCUUUUAUAGUUUGUACAGAGUAGGUCUUCUAUUUCCUGGUUCAUAUUAUUGUCGAUGAUCUCCGUCGUAAAAGUGACCGAUGAAAAUUAAUAUCAGAAUAGCAAUGGUUGCACACUGAAUAUGACAUAAAACCUAGAAACUCCGAGCCAGUCAUCUUUUUUUGCUACAAGUAUCGAGAAUUAGCCAAUUUUUGUAUCUUUCUAGAUCUAACGGUUACGUGAAAUGCGUGGUGUGUGCCGUUCAUUGCGUGCCAGCGCUGCGCUGUAUAUUGUAGUACUGUUAUCUCCUGUCUCCGUGUCGGUCUCUGUCGCCGGGACGGGAGUAGUCGCGCUGCGUAGCUUGUGCAGUGUUUAGACUAAGUUUUAUCUCAGCAGAUCUCAGCAGAUGCCUAUGCACCCCACCACUCACGUCAUGCCAGUGUAUCUCUCUGCCCCGAUCCCAUUAUGCUUUCAAUGGAUGUUUUAGCUACUCUUGACGUGCUGCUUUUUUAUUUUAAAUCCCGUCUGCAGUGUUUCUCCGUCACCCGUAAUAUGUCCGUACUGUUGGCGUCACUGAAAAGAUGAGUCAAAACUUGA